AUAAAGCGAGGGAGGGGCUAUUAUACAGUCUGCUCAAAAAAGUUCAGGGAGAGGAGCAAAAAUGGCGUUGACUGAGAAGCAAGAAGCUCUGGUGAAGGAGUCCUGGGAGCUGAUGAAACAAGAUAUUCCUCGACAUGGUUUUCGUUUAUUUGCAUUGAUCCUCGAGAUAGCACCAGGGGCGAAGGACUUGUUCUCAUUUCUAAGGGACACAGAUGAAAUUCCAGAGAACAAUCCCAAGCUCAAGGCACACGCUGCCAGAGUUUUCAAGCUGACUUGCGAAUCAGCAGUGCAGCUGCGCGAGAAGGGUGAAGUGGUGGUUGCCGAUACUACUCUCAAGUGGUUGGGAUCUGUUCACCUCCGGAAAGGAGUUCUUCAACCCCAUUUUGAGGUCGUGAAAGAAGCAUUGCUGAAAACGAUCGAAGAGGGCGUGGGAGAAAAAUGGAGCGAGGAAAUGAAGAAUGCAUGGGGAGAAGCCUAUGAUCACUUGGCAGCAGCAAUUAUGGGUGAGAUGCAGGUUGAGGCUGCUGCUUCAUCAAAGCCCAUUGCAUAACUGCCAAAGCAAAAUCUACUGCAAGAAUCCGUGUGAAGCUUCAUCUGUGUAUGGUAACUCCUAUGCGUAGGCGCGGCUUCUGUGACAGUGCUCAUUGCUCAAUAAACGCAUGCAUGCGUUAUUGUAAAAAUUGGCAUGUCGAUUUAAUAUAUAUAUAUACAUAUAUCAAAAUGGAAAGACUACUGGUAGAGGUUUGGCCAUUAUA